GUCUCUUCUUCUUCUGCUUCUUCUUGUUGCAGGUGAGUCCAGCGCAGCCCUGUCUCGCCUACAGCGCCCCCUGUCGGCCCGGACGGCUCACCAUGCCCCGGCGCCUGUGAAGGGGUACCAUGUCAGCCGCAGCAUGUCCCAGCACUCCUCCGGGGGCGGCGGCGGCGGUGGCGGAGGAGGGGGCGGGCCCUGCCACUGCAUGCCCGAGGACCUGGACCCCGCCCUGGCCCGGGAGUUCUACCAGGGCCACAACGACGCCGGGGGCCACUACUACCCUCCCUCCGAGGCCCUGGCCCUGGAGCGCCAUCACUCCCACUCCCACGCCCACGCCCACGCCCACGGCCACUCGGGCGGGGGCACCUUCCCCCGCUCGCACCCCAGCCAGCAGCACCCGCCGCUGCAGUCGCUGGACUCCUGCGAGGAGUGCGUCGGGCCCCCGGGCCACCACCACGGCGCCAAGGGCCACCGCGCCCCGCCGGGCCUGGCCGACCAGCUGGAGAAGCAGGGGCCCUUCCACCCGGACGGCUUCCACACGCUGCAGUACCAGCGGGGUCCUGGCGGGGGGGGCGGGGGAGGGGCCGGCGGAGGGGGGGCCGGCGGGGAGCCCCGCAGCGAGAGCCCCUCCCGCAUCCGCCACCUGGUGCACUCGGUGCAGCGGCUCUUCGCCAAGUCCCACUCCCUGGAGGCGCCGUCCAAGCGAGAGCUCAACGGCACCCGCGACUACCGCGGCGAGCGCGGAGGGGGGGGCGGGGGCGGCCACCGGAGCGGCGGGGAGGACGGGGGCGGCCCGCCGGGACACCACUCGGGCCACCAGUCGCGCUCGGCCCGCCGGAGCAAGUCCCGCGAGCGCAGCAAGAGCGGCGACUCGCGCCACGAGUCGGGCCGGCGCCACCGCAGCCGCACGGCGGGCUGGUGGAGCUCCGACGACAACCUGGACAGCGACAGCAGCUACAUGGUGGGCGGGGGCGGCGGCGGCGGCGGAGGCGGCCGGCGCGCCCCCCCCGUGGGCCACGAGAGCCUGGACGCCGCCAUCCAAGAUCUGACCAUGAGGAAGCCUAAGGAGAGGGGUGGAGGAGGGCAUGGGCACGGGCAUGGGGGCCCGGGCCCCGGGGAGUGCCUGGCCUGCAACGCCAUGGCGGGGAAUGAGACGGGCCAUCACGGGGGCCACCACCACCACCACCACCAACAACAACAACAACAACAACAACAACAACCACAACAACAACAACAAGGCCACCACUCGCUGAAGAGGAGCACCUGGUCGGCCAUGACAGUGAGCCAGGCCAGGGAGGUCUACCCCUCCAGCCGGGGGCAAGGAGGAGGAGGAGGAGGAGGAGGAUAUGACAAGGCCCUGGUUCCCUUGGAGAAACAGCUGAAAGAGAGGAGCUUCCACUACCUGCAGCCCACAAUGUCGCUCACUUGUUUCUCCAGCUGUCAGAGUUACUCUCUCUCUGUCCCGUCAGACGAGUGGGGCGGGCCCUAUCCGGGCGGCGUGGCGGACGGUAGCGGCGGUGAGAUCCCGUGCCGGCGCAUGCGCAGCGGCAGCUACAUCAAGGCCAUGGGCGACGACGACAGCGCCGACUCGGACGCCCCCAGCCCCAAGACGUCACCCAAGAGCAGCCUGAUCGCCCAGCGGGACGCCUUCCGCCGCUCCAUCAGCAUGGACCAGAGCAGGUACUCAUGCAAGCAGUGUACGGACACCUACACCAAUAGCUGGACCACGCCCAAGAACCACGCCCGAUCCCGCAGCUACACGCGAUCCCUGACCAGCGCACAGCUGGGGGACAGCCUGAACCGGCAGUUUGAGACGGUGUGUGAGACCAUGUUCGGCGAGGUGGAGUCCCAGGCCAUGGAGGCCCUGGACCUGCCGGGGGUCUUCCGCACGCGUAGCCACAGCUACGUGCGCGCCAUACAGGCAGGCUGCUCCCAGGACGACGACUGCCUGUCCGUCUUCUCCGUGUCGGGCCCCCAGGGGAGCAUGAAGGCCGGGGCCGACGUCUUCUUCCCAUUCUGUCAUCAUUUCUUCCCCUACCGCAAAGGGGCCCCUCCCCCGCUGCCGCCCCGCAUGUCCAAGUCUUCCCUGUCGGUGCGCGCCCAGAGCAGCACCGAGUCCACCCAGGACGCCUACUUCCUCAACCAGCAGGGGCCCCCCUCCCACGGCCCCGGCCCGGGCCCCGGGCGCCUCCGGCAGCACAGCAACUCGGUGGACCUGGGGGGCUCCGAGGGCCCCCACGGCCGCUCCUCCUCCUCCCGGGCGGGGUACUACACGGGCACGGGCCCCGCCGUGAGGCCCCGGCAGCACAGCAACUCAGCUGAGAGCCUGGACGGCGGGGGGGUUAAAGGCGGGUCCCGGGAGCUGGUGCCCUACGGGGCGAGGAUGGGGACGGGAGGAGGAGGAGGAGGAGGAGGAGGAGGAGGAGGAGGGGGGAUGAUGAUGAUGGGCUCCGGGCUGAGGGCCAAGCACAGCAGCUCGGCGGACAGCCUGCUGGAGGGGCCUCCCAGGCCGGCCCGCGAGAGGGACGGCCGGGCGGGGGGCAGCCUGGGGAAGUCGGCCUCCCUGCCCCAGAACAGCAUGGUGCUGAGCAAGACCCCCGGAGGGCAGGAGGACGGGCGCGGGGGGAGGAAGUGGCGGCCGUCUAUAGCGGUGCAGGUGGACAGCUCGGAGACCCUGUCCGACUCGGACCUGGAGGGCAAGGCCCUGAGGGAGGUGCACUCCAUCGGGGUCCAGGUGGAAGACGACAAGAGGCGGGCACGCUUCAAGCGCUCCAACAGCGUGACGGCCAGCGUGCAGGCGGACCUGGACCCCGAGGGCUUCCCCCCGGGGCUGGGCCUGGCCGCGCCCAUGCAGGACAAGGGCCUGCAGUUCGGCUGCUCCUUCCAGAGGCACUCCUCCGAGCCCGAGUCGGCCAGCCAGUACGCCGAGUUCCACCGCACCGUCCACACGCAGGGCCAGUGGGCCUACAGAGAGCAGGACUACAUCCAGGGCGGCUACGCCCCGGAGAGCUGUCAGACCGACGCGCGACCCCACCCCAUCCUGCCCUCCCGGGCCCACUCCCCGCUGCCCCUCACCGCGGAGAGGGCCUGGGCGGGCACGCCGUCGCUGGAGGGCCCCCGCAGCCUCCCGGACUCUGGGCGCGCCUCCCCUUGCAUGAGGGACGGGGAGUUCUUCCUGCGGCUGCUGCAGACGGAGGUGGAGAGGAUAGAGGGAUGGUGCCAGGGCAUGGAGAGGGAGGCGGAGGAGAACGAGCUGCCGGAGGAGGCUCUGGAGCUGAUUCGUAAUGCCAUCGGCAGCGCUCAGAUGCUCAUGUCUCAAAAAGUGCAGCAGUUCUUCCGGCUCUGCCAGCAAAGUGUGGACCCCUCGGCGUACCCCCAGCCCACCUCUCAGGACCUGGCGAGCUUCUGGGACCUGCUCCAGCUCAACAUUGAGGACGUGAGGGUCAAGUUCCAGGACCUCCAGAGGAUCAAGGACUCCGGCUGGCUCCCGGCCGAGAAGAAGGAGGACAAGAAGCUUCCUCCCCCCUUACCAAAGAAGCCAGCCGGGGGGGUGAGCGGCAGCCUACGGGCGGACAGUGUCGGAGACGGAGGUGGAGGAGGUGGGGUGGGCGGCGGAGGAGGAGGAGGAGGAGGAGGAGGGGGAGUGGGGGGCGGCGGCGGCGGCGGGGGCUUGGGCGGGACCCUGGCGGUGCCCCGCUUGGGCGGGCGCACGCUGCCCGUCAGGGAGAAGUCCCUGGACCUGGGGGACCGCCAGAGGACUGAGGCCAGGAGGAGGCUGCUGCAGACCAAGAGGACUGCCUCCUUCCGACAGAACUCGGCCACGGAGAGCGCCGACAGCAUCGAGAUCUACAUCCCCGAGGCCCAGACCCGCCUCUGAAACCACUGGCCCCUUUGGUUUAGUUACCCGUUCAACAAACACAUUUGAAUCCGGGGGGGGGGGGGGGGGGUGCUUUGAGAUAGGGCCGAGCUGCUUGAAUCUCUAAGUCGUAAGAUGAGGCCCUCUUUUAUCGGUCUCCCAUGGUGGGCCCUUGUCCACAAGCCAUUUUAACAGUUGGCAAUACAAAAUGAUUUGCUCUCUGCUGUGGGGUGGUGGAAAAAAAAAAGAGCAUGGACAGCCAUUUUGUCUGGGGAGUCAAAAUGUUCAAUUGUAGCUUAACAUUGAUUUGUUUUGGGACUUUUAUUUAUUGUGGACCUUAAACUCCAUGCCAAUGGAUGUGGGGUUCUUUGGCAAGAAAGAGAAGACAGUGUUUUUACCAGGUCUUCAGUGGAAGGGUCACGCCAUCGUAGCAUGCCUGAGCGUGUUCUCUUAGCAUCUUCUCUCACUGGAAAUAAAGGGCUUAAGGGGAUCAGAACCUUUGUUAAGGGAGAGGAAUUAUCACUCUAUAUACACUGACAUGCUUGGGGCACUCCUUCACAACAAUCUAUUAUAGCUAUACCACAUGUAUUUGUUUUGGUGUGGGAAGGGGGGGGGGGGGGGGGUAGGUUAUUAUUCAAUUUACUUUUAAAAGAUGCUUUGAGAAUGGCUGUUUAACCGUUUGAAUCUGACCACAAAGCCCUCAAAAUCGAGUAGUUGGCAAUCCCAAAGAACAUUCUCAGUGCAUUGCUAGCCGGCUACGGAUGGCACCUUCACGAUUACCCAGGCAGUCACAUUAGCCUCACCACCACUGCCUCUACCCCUCCAUGUCCUAAAGAAUCCUCCUAAACUUCUCUGCAGUUUGGAUUCCUGUUAGAUUCUUUCAAUGAUGCGUUUUUGUACAUAGUGUGCAUGCCUGAGUUCGCCAGAGAGAGCUUUGCAGUGUAGCAUCACUAGCCUCAUAGAAAAAUAAUGGAGCUGCUGGCUUUGAUAUAGCCCUAUAUAUCUAUUGUUUUGGGUUCCAGGGGUUGGGGUAUAUUUUAGGUUUUGGUGUUUUUUUAAAAAAAGAAUUGUGCGUCGGGGUUGGUGUUUCCAGACACAAUUUCACUGUGAGAUUACAGCACCACCUUGUGGUGAAACAACGUAAAACAAUACAAAAGAUUAACAUCCGGGCAACCUUUUUUGCUAAUUCAUAUAAGUACUUCCCUUGUGGCCCCAAUCCAUUCCUCAAGUCUGGCGCCAGCCCUGUGGACAUGUUCUUGAAUCCCUGAGAGGCCACAUAUUUGUGCUUUGUCAAAACUACAUCGACAUCUCUCUCAUUCUCUCAUACACACGGGUAUUAUUGUGUGGCACAGAGACACUCCAAACAAGUCAUGCUUGAGAAACUGAAAUAUUGAUUUUGUUUCCCUCCAGAGGUAACGAGGAGUCACGCAACAAAGUCUUAAAUUAACCAUGACUGCAUAAUGUGUUCGUUAAGGUAGCUCCAACGCAAGGCAUUUUUACUCUUUACUUUCGUCACCAUUCCCCGCAAUACUGUAUAUCUAUAUUGAUGAAAGACUGGCAUGGUUUGUGAAGGUUUGGGAAGGACCAGCUUAUGUCGAAUUUGUGUUAAAAACAAAUUUUCUCUCGGAUCCUUUCUAAGGCUGGUAUAGGAAGGACGGAGCAUUUCUAUUUGUUAAAGUGGUUUAUUUUUUUUCAGACUGGCGCAUUUGCGCUGAAGCCCAACAAAUACACAGACCCAAAAAUAUGAAUUUUGAAGAAAAAAGAAACUGAGCAAAGAAUCUUUAGCAUGUUGUGUUUUUUCUAAUAUUUAAGAUGGAAUGUGUUGUAAAAUUGAAUAUUUUGGGAGAUGAAUAUUUUAUAAUAUAAUCUACAUUUCUAGAUUAGUAGACUAUUGAGUACAACAUAAAAGAGACAUAUAUCAAAUGUGUAAUACAAAAGUAUUAUUAUAGAAUAUAGAAUUGUGUGAUCCUACAGCUCUGUGGCAUAUUCAGACUCAGUACGUGAAAAACAGUUUUUACAAAUAUAUAUAUAUAUAUAUAUUAUAUUACUAUUACCUUCAGUAAGAUAGCGUGCGGCAGGUCCACAGGGUAUUUAUGGCAAAAUAACACUUAGUGCCACAUAUUUUGGGCUUCCUAGAGUCCGUUAAAGUUUAUUCUCUGAGGUUUUGAAAAAAAAAUCACACCUGUAACACGUGCCGCAAUGCAUCCUCCCCCACACCCUACCCAACCCCACCCGACCCACCAAACACACACACCACACACACACACACACACACACACACACACACACACACACACACACAGACACACAAACGGCCCUAUGUCCUUUGGAACCAACUACAUGUGCCUAACCAGCUAACAAUGGGCGUUUUCUUCUAACACAGUUUAUAUAGACAGAUAUGACAUGUACAUACAAAAUAUAUUCAAAAUUGUAUACAAAUAAAUAUAAAUCUACCUAUAUAGAAAAUUGUAAAUGCCGUAGGCCUUCACACACACACACACACACACACACACACACACACACACACACACACACACACACACACACACACACACACACACACACACACACACACACACACACACACAAACAAAUGCACGUGUGAUAAAGAGCAACGGUUGAUAUGUUGGUUUAUUCAAAUGUUGGUGCACUGCAUGUGUUACAUGCCCCAAACUCCUAAUUCUUUCACAGUGCAGCAAGGCAAAAUGUGUCAUUAUACAUAUAAAUAUACAUACAGCAUACAAUAUUUUGUUGCCAUUCAACGUUAUUUAAAGAAAAGCCUUUCACAGAUUACUAAGCAGAAACUUUACACUUCAAAAGCACAAGGAAUAAUCUGCUUUUAUACUGUUAGUCCAACUGUGAAUGCUGAAUGUCUCCUCAACCAUAGGUCUCUUCAUCUACAGGCACAUCAUAGCCUACCAAGAGAGCCAUGGCCAGAGUUGGUAAGCUGCCAGCAAUGACUAUGGAGAGCAUGCAGGCAGCAAGCUAGCAGUUAGCCUAAUUUUGAUAGCUCUACUGUUUUAGCGUCUCAUUGACCCUGAGUCUCCCAAUCGAAUCUCACUGAAUUGAUCCAAUGUACUCCAAAAGGUUUAGCGUCAAUCAAAUACGUGAUGUGGUCUUAAAACCAGUUUUGUGUUGGAAGUGGGUUUAUUACAAACACAUACAGUAUGUAACACCACAAAAGUAGGCUUUUUCCUAGCUUGGUUCAAGAAUUCACCUUUCCGUAAAUAUCGUAAAUAUGUCCCACCCUUCUCUCUCACUCUACCACGCCGCCCCUCGCUAUGUCUCUCUAUAGAUAUCUCUAUCUGCAAACAUACUUACUUCAGACAGAGGGAGGCCUUUCAGUUAACGCAGUCUCAGCCAGGUGUGGGGUCCGUGGCUCUCUACACCUGUGCCAACCUCCAACUGUCAGGACGCCCAGACGGACGUGUGAACACCGAGUACCUCAGCCCCAAUAGCCCCCCCACACACACACACACACACACACACACACACACACACACUGUACUGACUAUUUCGGGGAGGGUGGAACUUGUCCGACACCACCACCCCAACCCACUCCUCUGGUACCCUGGUACCAUGGCAGUGUGGCAACACUGGGACGGGAUCACAGCCAGCGAAGAUAGACAACUUACAGGACGGAACUCUAUGGGACUAACUUCAAAUCAGAGGAGACUUCUGAAGAAACCAGUCGAAAUGGAGUAGAGCUGUAGCCAAUGUUUGGCUGGUUUUGCUCUUUGUGUCUGCGAGAAAAAAAAGGAAAACUUGAAGAGGCGGAGGAGGGAUCUGGUAGCAUUGAAGUGUGUGCGUGUUUGCGUGAGUGCAUGUGUGUGUGUGUAAGUGCACUGUGAUGUUGACACUCCCUCUUUGCAGCACAGACACGGGUAACCAUAGGUGACCAUAGACGACUCAGCAGUCCCUGUGCAAUCAGCAUAGUUAGUAACAAGUACGACACCCGCCCUCACGUUUACAAACAUGUAAAUACCUGUUGUCGUUGGACAUUACUCUUAUCAAUAUGUAUUGUUAUUGCAAUUAAUAUGAUAAUGAUUAUUAUUAGUAGUAGUUUGAGAUCAUUGGCCACCAAACAAUGAGUUAUGUCUUGUCUUGCUCAAAAUAGCAUUACCAUUCAAAUACCGUAGCUAUGGGGAUAACAUUACUGUUCUGUACUCAAGGGUGAGUCUCAUGUACAACAACAAACAACAAAAUAAUAGUAUUUUCUAUUAUUGCUGCUACUAUGGAGGGGAAGCAAAAUAAGAAAUGAGACAAUAGACAAUAGCCGUGGGGGGAGAUCUGAUUCGUCCAUCAAACCCUUUCGACACUCAUGGGGGGGUGGAGCAAGGAAGGUGAAGACCACCGCCAAACGGACCAAAGGACGUAGGUUCGUUCCAGGCGGAACCCCGCCCCCUUAGCACGCCCGAUCCACCUUCACUCUCGAAGAGGAUUGUGUUGUCCUUGCAAGAGGACGACAGAAUCAGUGGCGGGCGUUUACAUGCUCACUGUAUACUCUUAUGUAGCAAACAUAACAGUUUCUAGACCCUUCCUGGGGUUCACGCUUCUUCUCACAUGGCUACACAGGUUUUUAAUCUGAAGGGGGACGGUACACGGCGAGCUUCUCUGUAUUUGAACUCUUGUUUCGUUCUAGACAUAAGGACAUUUUAUAUAAACACCUAUAGAGUGAUUCAGUGCCAAGUUAGCAUAUUGUACAUAAUCCCUUUUACCUUUUCUUUAUUUCUCCAAAAAAAAUUGGGUUGAGAGGCGCACAUAGCAAUAGUGACGAACAUUAAGCUGAACGUUGCUGUUUGACAACACAAAUGGGUACACAAAAAAAACACUGCAUGAAAACACCUAGUUGUGUCAAGAAAGGGCCCAAGGGCAGGAUACGUCUUAAGCCUCAUGCUUCCGAGGGGAUGUUGCAAAUUGACAUGUAAAGCAUCAUCUUUUUUCCUUUGGGUUUCUGUUUUGUACAUAACAAAGUGGUUUAUCAAGCCUCAAUGUUCUAUGGAUCUAGAUGUGUCCAGAAGCACAUUUGCUAGGCCUGAAGCCCAGAGAGUAGGCACACUGUGACGUGGUUUAAAGCCAACACAGAAUGUAACACUGUCAACAUUGUCAAAUCGUUUUCUAAUGGCUGAUAUUAUUCCUAUCAAUAUUAUUAUUAUAAAGCUAUUUUUAGCGAGUUAAACAAUUGCACAUCCUCUGUGUGGUUUUUGUGUCGUGUUGAUUUCCCACUGAUGUCAAUGAAUAUUCAGACACAAAACAAUUGGAUUGCACCAUCUCAAAAGGAUCAAACAUGAAUAAAAAAAUAGUAAUUUAGCCAAUAAUAUUUGAGAAUAUUCUAGUUCCCAAUGGAUUUAUUAAAACUUUGAUGGCAACCUUUUUGAAUAACAAAUAUUUUAAACGGUUUGAGGCAUAGCUUGUAGGUCUGAAAAUAUAAACAGAAAAGAUCCAUCGGAAAAGAGCUACUUCAAUACUCAAGGAGGGCAUUUUGUCUUACAUGGAGACAAAAUAUCUCACUCACAGCCUCACAUCGCAUUAGCACAAAUCUAUACGUGCUCUCAAGCAGCCGCCGAUGCGCUAUAUUUAUCACACACAGCGCUUUGCAGUAACCACACGUACCAAGCUUUACAAAAUAUCAAAUUGUUGUCGUAAAAGGUCCACAGUUCAAUCAAAGAACUAAACGUUUUAGUUCAGGGAUUAUUGCCAUAAGCCAUGAAGGUGUAGCCUAGUUUUGAGACCCGACCUUUCAGCUUGUAAUUGCAGAAUUAAGAAUAUAAUAUUUCCUUUCAGAUUUAAUGACUUUUUUAUUAAAUCCAAUGUUCUAAUAAAUAUAAAUGCUUCCCUUUGGCACCGACCCUGUUGCGAAGACAUUAUUAUUAAUUUACUCCUGAUAGUAUUUUGUGACUAAAGGCAAAUAUUACAAUUGGUUAUAAUACCAUGCAUAAAGGAUACAAAGCCAUUAGGGAAAUAAAAGCACAUUUUAAUCAUUGCAGCAGACCGUAUAAAAAAUAUGGACUAUAAAAAUAAUCAAAAUGAUUGAUGAAAAAAUCUAGCCGGCUUAUAGGAGUGCCAAUAUUAAUUUUCCCUUCACAUCAAAGACAUAUUUUUUGUUAUGACCUAAAUCAGUUCAUGAUCCAGCUGCAAUAAAAUCACACCUUCCUUUCCACCACAUCGACCAAGUGCAAUUUACAUUCAAGUCCCUGAGUCAUUAUUAACCAUCUGGACUUUCUACAA